AUGAGCGUCAGACUUCUUCUGCUGGCGCUGUUCACAAUCGGUGAGGCGACCGCCAUCCACGGUGCACCUGUUUGCCAACGCCUCAGUGCCAAUGGAGCCCGGCAGGAUGCUGGCUCGAAUGCGGUCGCUUCUAGCGUUGCGCGGCUGGUCCAGACACGGCAGCGUUGUUUCGGGGAAGGCGGCGUCCAUCUCUCCAGACAACUUCGUCAGACCAAGUUGCUGUGCCUUGGCAACGCAGUGGUCACCACGCUGGUUAGCACGCUGCUCGAGAGGAACCGCCAGCGCAUCAAGGAAAACGAGCCCAUCAACAUCGGAGGCACGCAGAACCUGGGCGUCAUCAUCCUCAAGAACGGCAGGGGAGUGAACGUGCACACGGCGUUCUUCAACGGCGAAAUUGAAGUGGACUGCACCACGGAUCCGGAAUGGAUCUCGAUCACGUUUCCCGUGGGUAUGCGCAACCCGGACGUCGUGUUCGACUACGAACUGCCAGGAGGCCUUCUAUCUGGAGAGCUUAAGGCACGCUUCGAGCUCUUCGGGGCCAACGUGGUUCUCCGGUUACCAAAGGAUCGCAGUGGGGACCUCAAACCAUACAUCGGUGACGUGAACUUCUGGUCGACGCAAGGUUUCAAGAUGGAGAUCACUGGAAUGGGGCCCGUGUCGUCGGCGCUGACCACCGGCUUGGCCCUGGUGUACCAGCUGGUGCCAAUGCCACUCAUGGAGUUCUUCAGGGUUCUCAUGAUGCGCGUCAUGCAGCAGUUCCUCGAGACUGCACCGCUACCUUUCUGA